AUGGGCACCUUCUUCCGGCAAUGCCAGGUCUCAAGAGAGGCCUCCCCGAGCGAGACGCUGAUCUUGGUGGAGGACACAGAGGGCGCAGUCUUUGGUGGCUUCGCAUCACAUACCUGGCAUGUGGCGCAGCGGCAUUUUGGCCACGCGGAUUGCUUCGUCUUCCGCUUUGAGGAGGAUCUCCAGGUCCACCGCUGGGCGGGGCUGAACAGCUAUUUCCUCUUCGCAGACGCCAGUGGUCUGAAGUUGGGUGGUGGAAGGCACCCGGCACUCUGGAUCGAUCGAGACUUCCUCAGGGGCGCUUCGGGCCCCUGCGAGACCUUCGGCACGGCGGGCGCGUUGCACGGCGUGGUGCCGGAGCUCUCGGGAGACUUUGUGGUGAAGACCUUUGAGUGCUGGGGCUUCGAUUGCCUGGAUCCCCCCAAGGAGGACACUGGAUGGGAGCGACGCCAGGCCGGAGCCUGGCAGGCCUGCCGAAGCUAUCAACAUCUCCUGAGGGGCGCGUGA